AUGGCGAGUGGCAUGCGGGCUGCUCAGCUGCCACCAAACCUCGCCCUCUGCCGCGGUUCUUGUCGGCACUGGAUUGUCGCCGCCGGGGCCAACAGCGAGAGCUACCAGUGCUUCUGCCGCGCCCAGGGACAGGCAAGCGGGCGUCACGGCUCCACUGCCUCGACGCCUCCUCCCUCACACGCCGCGGCGAGGUUCCGCCCCGAUCACCUGCUCCCCGGGGACUGGAGCGCGCUGCUGCGGCACUGCCGCCGCCUGACCUCGCCGCACGGUAGCUUCAGUUACUCCUCCCCAGGAGACGCGGCCGCCGCCGAAGCGGCCGAAGCGGACUCGACUGCGGAGGUAGUGAAUUUGGCGUUUAUGCACAUUGUGGAGCGAACCGCGGGCGACUUUGUCCCAAACAACAUGAUCUACCACGAGCUGCAGCGGAGAUACGUGGUGUUGCCGGCUGCCGCCGCAGGCGCUGACACGGGUGCGGUGGAUUUUGCCUCUUGGCUGCGCCGCCUGCAGCAGCAAGUGGGGACGGAGGAGGCAAACGUGGAGGAGGAGGGCGCUGGAGACGCAGGGGCGGGGGAUCCGCUGGCGGGCACGGCCCUUGCUGUGGAAAAGACGGCACAAAAUACGCGGCUAUUUCCAGCCGAUGCCACUUCUGCCGAACUUGCUUUUGAGCGCCAGCGUAGGGAUGCGGACAGGGGCAUCUUCACCUUUUUUCCGCACUCCGUCGUGGUCUCGGACUGCAUCCCGUUCCGCUCGCGGUACUUCGUCGUCAUGGUGAACCACAAGCCCAUAGUGCGCCACCACCUGAUGGUGGUCCCCGUCCGCUGCGUCGCGACGAUCCACGCGCUGACGCGGGAGGAGGUGGAGGACUGGGGCCGCGUCAUGCACCUCACACUGCGGGUGUUGAAGCGCGUGGCAGCCGUGCACAGCGACGCCUCUGCGUCUCACGCGGGCGACGUGGAGGGCGGCUUCAGCAUCGCCAUUCAGCAGGGGAGGCUCGCGGGGCAGACGGUGGCGCACCUGCACACGCACGUCAUACCCUUCGACCCGCGUGGGAAGCUUGCGGGGGAGCCGGAGGAGGAGGAGGUGCAGCAGCGGCAACCGUGCCGUACGGGGGCGCAGAUGCGUGAGGAGGCAGAAACGCUCAUGUCUCACUUUGAGCUUCUGGCGGGUUGA